CACCGGAGACCCCGGUGGCGGCGGCGGCGGCCGGGGCAAACCGCGGGGCCGGUCAUGCGGCUGCGGGGCCCGCGGCCCGGAGCGUCCGCCCAGCCCUGAGAGAGGCCCCGCAGGGCGCCCCCCGCCGCUCAGGAUGAGUCACUGCAGCAGCCGCGCCCUGACCCUGCUGAGCAGCGUGUUUGGUGCCUGCGGCCUGCUCCUUGUGGGCAUCGCGGUCAGCACGGACUACUGGCUGUACAUGGAGGAGGGGACCGUUUUGCCCCAGAACCAGACCACCGAGGUCAAGAUGGCGCUGCACGCUGGCCUCUGGAGAGUCUGCUUCUUUGCAGGUCGGGAGAAGGGCCGCUGUGUGGCUUCCGAGUACUUUCUUGAACCAGAGAUCAACUUGGUGACGGAAAACACAGAGAAUAUUCUGAAGACAGUGCGCACAGCUACUCCCUUCCCUAUGGUUAGUCUCUUCCUUGUGUUCACCGCUUUCGUCAUCAGCAACAUUGGCCACAUCCGACCUCAGAGGACCAUUCUGGCCUUUGUGUCUGGCAUCUUCUUCAUUUUAUCAGGUCUCUCCUUGGUGGUGGGUUUGGUUCUGUACAUCUCCAGCAUCAAUGACGAGGUCAUGAACAGGCCCAGCAGCUCGGAGCAGUACUUUCACUAUCGAUACGGAUGGUCGUUUGCCUUCGCUGCUUCCUCUUUCCUACUCAAAGAGGGGGCCGGAGUCAUGUCGGUGUACUUAUUCACCAAGCGCUAUGCGGAGGAAGAGAUGUACCGCCCGCACCCGGCCUUCUACCGCCCGCGUCUCAGCGACUGCUCUGACUACUCGGGCCAGUUCCUGCAGCCCGAGGCGUGGCGUCGAGGCCGCAGCCCUUCCGACAUCUCCAGCGACGUCUCCAUCCAGAUGACGCAAAACUACCCUCCAGCUAUCAAGUACCCCGACCACCUCCACAUCUCCACUUCACCGUGCUGAGGCGGGGCUCCCUCCUUCUCUUCCUCCUUCCUCCCCCUCACCCGCGCCUCCUGCCUCCCUAAUACCUUAAGGGACUCUUGGCUGAGGGAUGCUGUGCCAUCUCCAGGCCCCAACCCAUCAUCCUCAUUUCAAUGGCUCCGACCUCUCCUCAUUGGUCCAUUAUACUUCCAGAUGAUCUCGGCCACCCACCCAACCCGCCAUGAGCCCGUCCCCUUUCGGGGGCCCUUCUCCUGCUCCCUCCCCAUGCAUUAUCUCUAACCCAGUUUACUAUCCUCUGGUGGUAUCUUGCAUCUAGCUCCCCCGAAACCCCGUCAGACUACCGCUUCGGCGCAGGGGUGCUGGGCUGGAGAGUGGGUGUGAUAGCCACUAGGAAUGCCCUUGAAUUCCCAUCGAUUCUCUCCUAGCACAACACCACCACGUGAGCUGCAGGGCCCUGGUCUCAGGGGUGGGGUGGGGCGGGGCGGGGAGAAGCUUGCUCUUCUCACAUCUGCUGGUCGGGUCAGGGGCUGCAGGGACAUGGCUAUGGCUUACCUUGACUUCCUUCUCUUUUGUCCUCCGGAAGGAAGGAAGGUGAUCUUCUUUCUUCCUUCUAAGGGAUCCUUCUUCU